CAAUAUAAAUAACAGUUAACAGAUUUAUUUUGACUGGUUUGUGUUGUCGUGCAGUAGAAAAAUCAUGGGACAUUAUCACAUCUGUUACUACAGCAUACUAGCUCUAAUCCUUUUGGCAACUUUCAAAUCAGCCCUAAGUAGUUGCCAAGGUGAUCAAAUUUACUACAUUAAACAUCGAUAUUCAGGCUUUACUAUAGAUGCUUCCACAACCAUUUUAACUCUUCAAGUAUUUGAUGGAUCAGCUGACCAGCAGUUUACAUUUGUUUGCGCUUCUCGAGUGCCGGGAAUAUUUUACAUUGUGCAUGCCUCAACCGGACUGGUGUUAGAGGGCACUGAUGGACCGAUUUCUCUAAAUAAAUUAGAAAAUUCUACUUACCAACAAUGGCAACUUAAUGCUGAUGGACGCAUUUCAAGCAGAGGAGGGACAUUAGAUAUAGUAAAUGGAUACUUCGUCCCAGGAAGCACAUUGCAGCUAGCCGGAGAAAACGGAACACCAUCUCAAUAUUUUUUCAUUGACGAAAAAAUGUAACUUUUUUUAUUAAUUGUUAAUUUUUAACUAUUUCAUAUGGUGGCCAGUAGUUCCAUUUUCCACCCUGUCAGAUAAGUUAAUUAAUCUCUUGACUUUCUGUCAUUUACUUAAGAUUUUUGUUAUACUAUAGAAUUGUGGCAUAAAUAAAUAUAAUGAAAUGAC